UCAGUAAUAAUGGCGCACUUGCGAAAGGUGGAUACUUUUCUGUAAAUCUUUAUUUUGUGUUGUGUGGUGAAGUGAAAACAAGGAAUUUUAAUGCCGUACCGCAGGCGCUUCUCCGCCAAGAUGCCAGAUUACGACGACGACGUAACUGUUGUCGAUGUGUAUGAUUUGGCAUCGGACAUUGGCAAGGAAUGUGAAAUAAUAAUUGAAAAAUACGGCCCUGACGCUGUAACAGCGUUGCUGCCUAAAGUGAUUAAUGCUUUGGAGCUACUGGAGAACCUUGCUGUGCGGAACGAGAAGGAAAACCAGGCGCUGCAGGAGCUGACGGCGAAGAUUUCUCAGUUGGAAAAUGACAAGAUUGAGAAGGCCGAGUACAGGCAGCGUUUCGAGAAGGAAAUAGAGGCCAUCGAGGAGCAGUGGCGGACAGAAUCUGCGGAGCUGGUGACGGCUGUUGGGCGACUCCAAGAUGAAAACAAGCGUCUCAGGCGGACCAUCAAUGCUCCUGCCGAUGGAACAAGCGCCCCGCCGUCCCCCGCCCGGGAGCACGACCAAGAAGUCCUGUCCAGGCUCUCCAGCACGGCGGAGAAGCAGCGAGCGACCCUCCGUCACCAGGAGUCGCAGCUGCAGGAGAAGCAGCAGGUUAUUGAUGGG